AUGAAGGACUGUAAAUGGUUGACAGGAAUAGAAUCUGGGUUGCAGAGAAAUAUUGAAAAUCAACAUGUACAGUUUAAACUAGUAGAGCCUGAAGAAGAUGUAGAAGUUCGCCCAGUUGUAAAAGUGAACAAGAUAGAAGUGAGAAAGGCGAAUCUUGGUGGACAUCGUUUUGAGCGUUUUUCAUCCUGGAAUAGACUGGUUCUAGCAAUUUCAUGUUUGAAAAGAAUUGCAAAUAAAUAUCAUAAAAAUGUACAGACUGAUACAAGAAACAAUGUAGAAUUCAAGAAAGCUGCAGAGAUUAUGAUUCUGAAAGAAGCUCAAAGGGAAUCCUAUUCUAAAGAAAUAGAUUUAUUAAAAACUGACAAAUCAGUUGCUAGAGACAGUAGUUUAGUGAAGCUCUCACCUAUUUUAGACUCCAAUGACUUGUUAAGGGUUGGUGGUAGAAUAAGAAAUGCCAGGUUAGACACAGGGAAGAAAAUUCCUAUAAUAAUACCAGGAAAGCAUCAUAUCGCAAUGCUUCUAGUUAGACACUUUCACCAGUUGAUAUCUCAUCAGGGUCGUCAUCUGACUGAAGGAGCAGUACGUUCAGCUGGAUAUUGGAUUACAAGUGGAAAACGACUUAUUAGUCGUGUAAUUCAUAACUGCGUUAGAUGUCGUAAGUUAAGAAGACCUACUGAACACCAGAAAAUGGCGGAUCUUCCAAUUUGUCGCUUGACUCCAAGUCCUCCUUUCACAUACGUGGGCGUCGAUACUUUUGGGCCUUGGUCUAUAGUUUCCAGACGUACAAGAGGUGGUUUAAGCAAUAGUAAACGCUGGGCAAUACUGUUUUCAUGUUUGAAUACUAGAUCAGUCCAUAUUGAGGUGAUAGAGGAGAUGAGUGCUUCAUCAUUUAUAAAUGCGUUAAGGAGAUUCAUUGCCAUUAGAGGUCAAGUGAAAGAGUUUUACUCAGACCGUGGAACAAACUUUAUAGGAGCUGUUGGAGAAAUGGGUAUGGACAAAGUGAAUGUAGAAGAUACAGAUAUUAAAGGUUUUCUAAGAAAUCACAGUGCUGUCUGGUAUUUCAGUGCACCUCAUUCAUCACAUAUGAAUGGAUCGUGGGAAAGAAUGAUCGGUUUGGCCAGAAGAAUUUUGGACUCCAUGUUGUGUGAUAUUAGUACUAAACAUUUUACUCAUGAAGUACUUUGUACAUUGAUGUCUGAAGUCAUGUGUAUUAUUAACAGUAGACCAAUUACCACUGUGUCAGAUGACCCAACUUCUCCAGCCGUUCUUUCUCCAAAUGUACUGUUGACGCAAAAGGUGAAUUCCGACAUUGAACCUCUUCAGAACUUUGAUGUAAAAGACAUGUAUAAAUCUCAGUGGCGGCAGGUACAAGUACUAGCUGAUCAAUUCUGGAAACAUUGGAGAGUUCAGUAUCUUCACAGUCUACAAGUUAGGAGAAAAUGGCAAACUGAACGUUCAAACAUAAAGUCUGGUGAUGUUGUAUUAAUGAUGGAUAGUAAUGUACCGCGUAUUCACUGGCCAGUUGGAAUAGUAGAAAAUGUGUUUCCUAGUUCUGACGGACUUGUACGUAAAGUUUCGAUACGUGUGAUAAAUGAAGGCAAAGUUGCAAAUUACACGCGUCCGAUUACCCAAUUGGUGCAUUUGCUUUCUGAAUGA